UGGGCCUAUAUUUUUGACAAGCCCAGCUGCCCAGUUGCAAUUCUAUGAAAUCGCACCACCCAAAAACGGGUUUCCGAUCAAUAAUCAGGGGCUCUCUCUGCUGAAACAUAUAUACUGAGAUGAUACUAAAUUAUUGGAGUUGUAUGUAUAGCUCUUAUUCUGGUCCACUUAUAAGCUGCAGAAGAGCAGUGGGAGUGUGUUGUUUGGCUUCUUCUUGUAAUGAAAAUGGACAGCAAGUCAGGACCCAACUGGACAAGCUUCACUUUGAGGCAGAUACUGCUAGAGCUAAAGCUAAUAGGGCAAGAUCGAGGCUUAUCCGACUGUCUGAAGCAGCAGAGAUGCUUCAAAGGCAGGCAUUAACCUGCAUUCGAAGCGGAAGGGAAAAUGACGCGAGAGAUCUACUUGUUAGGAAAAAGAAGGUUAUGCAAGCCUUGGAAAAUUCAAAGAGACGUAUUGAUUUGCUUGAUGAGCUUUCUGCAAAGUUAAAUGAAGCAAUUUCACUGAAGGAAAAUCAGCUAGUUAAUGCUGUCACUGCAGAUGUUAAUGUUGGGAAAGAGGUUUCAUCGCAUGACAUUCAUAUUGUCCCUCCUAAGGAGGAAAUUAUAGUAGAUACUGUUGAAAGUGAAGGAUUAGAUAUGAAUUUCCUAGAGCUUCGUAAUGAGUCGCUAUCUCAAGUUCACCCAGAUUGUCAAGCAGAACAAUCCUCUACUAGUGAUACAAAAGAUCCAGAAGGAACUUUGAUUAUGAACCGUCAGAGUGAAACUACUUCGGGUAGUAGCUUGAGAGAAAUAUCCUCUUAUGAGAAUUUUUUGGAGCACUUGGAUCAGCAGCUUAAUAAUAUAGAAGAAGAACUGGAUACAUUUUUAAGAUUUUCUAACAUAAUAUUGGAAGGUGAAGGAACGUCAAUAAAUCUGAAGUUACAGCAAGCCGGGGAAAUACUAGAGGGCGUUUCUCAAAUUAGAAAGAGGAUUAGAGCUAUGAAGCAGUCAGCAGUGGAGAUCAAAUAGAGACUUUCUCUGGUUCAAAUAAAUUUACCCUCAGGUUGGCAGUACAUACUUACUGGGAACAUCAUUCACAAAUUGGUGCUAGACUUUAGAAAUGUUGCCAUAUUUGUGUAGCGUGUUAUUUGCUGUAGGAUUGCACAUAACUAACAAACCUUAUACCAUGGCAGAAAUACCAUGAAAGUGCUGUGAUCUCUUGUUAUGAGGAAUUCUUGAUAUGAUUGAAUGAUCCUUGUGAUGUUAGUUACACUUUAUCGUUUAAA